AUGCCGCAGCUAAACGGGGGAGACGGGGACGACUUGGGAGCGAACGAUGAGCUGAUCGCUUUUAAAGACGAGGGGGAACAGGAGGAGAAGAGAAAUGUGUCCGCCGAAAGGGACCUGGACGACGUCAAGUCCUCGCUGGUCAACGAGUCCGAGACCAACAGCAGCUCGGACUCGGAGGCAGACAGACGCCCCAAGACCAACCCAGAUCUGGAGAGCAGGGCCAGGCAGAGUCAGCUGUUUGAAGAAGCGCUGAGGAGGCAGCAGGAUGGAGGUCUCUUCCAGCCCUCGCCGUAUGUUGGAUAUCCGUUCUUCAUGAUCCCAGACCUCGGGAACCUGUGUAGUCCCUACCUCACCAACGGAGCUCUCACGCCAAGUGCCCGGAGGUACCUGCCGUUUCAGUGGCCUCUACUCGACGUCCCUGGAAGAUCAGCUAUCAGAGACUCUGCUACUCCUACACACCUGUCUAACAAUGUGCCGGUAGUGCAGCACCCCCACAUGACCCACCUGCAUCCACUGCUGUCCUACAGCCCAGAGGCCUUCUCCCCUCAGAGGGCCUCACCUGGCUUCUCUCCUGACACAGGUAUGUCGAGGACCCCUCAUGCGGCCUGCUACCCCGUCUCUCCCGGAGGCAUGGCUCAGAUCCCACACCCCCUGGGAUGGCUGCAGGGACAGACGAUGUACCCCAUCGCGGGAGGGUUCACGCCUGCCGCUCUGUCAAGCCUGGUGUCGAGUGGUUUCUCUCCACGCUUGGUGCCGAACCCCCAGGCAUCCAUUCCCCACCCGGCCAUCGUCCCCACAGGAGUGAAGCAGGAGCCUGGAUGCAGCAGCCAGCCCGGAAAGUCGAUGCCUGACGCCCAGCAGGAGAGAGAGGACGAGAAGAAGCCUCAUAUCAAGAAACCACUUAAUGCUUUCAUGUUGUACAUGAGGGAGGAGCGGCCCAAGGUGGUGGCUCAGUGCAAAGUGAAAGAGAGCGCCACCAUCAACCAAAUACUGGGACAGAGGUGGCACUCUCUGUCGAAGGAGGAACAGGCCAAAUAUUACGAACUGGCUCGCAAAGAGAGGCUCCUCCACUCGAAGCUGUACCCCGGCUGGUCAGCCAGAGACAACUACGGUAAGAAGAAGAAGAGAAAGAGGGCAAAGAGCGAGACUCAGCUUGAAGUUCCCGCGGCAGCAGAGGAUUUCUCCCCGCAGCUAAAGAGACCUCGCGUCCCCACUGGACCCGAGGAGACGCCCCCCACUCACGCCCUGCUCCCGCAGCGUCACCCACAGACUGCGCACGCACACGCCCGCCCCCACCUGACACAGGCGCACUCCAUCUCCCACCUGACGCACACGCACCUGUCCCAGGCCAGCCCCGCCUCGUCCCUGGACUCCCCGGCGACACCCACCACGGCGCUGGCCUCACCCGCCGCCCCGGCCCCGACACACACCGAGCACACGCACUCCGCCUACGGCCACGGCGGACACACGUCGCCCUACACCGAGCAGCUGCAGCCGCUGUCCCUGACCACCAAACCCCACAGGACCCCCCUCCCACUGAGCCAAAACCCCAUCACUCCAGGACCCUCCACGCCGUCCUCCUCCUCCGACACCCCCACCUCCUCACCCCUCGCGGCUUCUUCCAGGAGCUCGCCCCUCCCUCCCCCGCUGCUCGCUCAGCCUUUCCUCGCCCCGCCUCCUACCUCUGCUCACCAAUCAGCAGCGAGCUCUCACGGUGCCUUAACUCAGUCGCAGCCCUUCUCGCUGAGAAGAGCCAGUCAGCUGUGAGGAGCUGGGUGCCGCCUUUACUGUGUGAAUCAUGAGAUCGGAUACAAACACAAUGAAAUCAUGUAACGUACACUUCAGUGAUUUGUACCUCUUUUUAAUGCUGUAAAUAAGCCUUGUUUUUUAAACUUUUUUAUAGAUGUAUCACAUUUUAUAUUAGUAUGAAAAGGGCAAAUAAUUGGUCAAUAUUUGACUGCAUCUCUAACUUCAUCAAACGGUGUAUUUUUUUGGAAACUGUCACUUUUUCUACUUACUUUUUAAGAAUGAUCAACUUGUAAUGGGAAGCGAGGUGUGGCACAGGGGUCUGUCUGUUUAAAAAUGCUUUUUUUUUUUUUUUAUUCACUUGGUAAUAAUGAGUGUCAAUCUAUUUUCUGGUUCCUCCUCUGUGUUAAUAAAUAUUCACUGCGUUCUGACAUGCUGCCUGUGUGGUGUUGCUGGAAAAGCUGAAGGUCUGCGUUUCUGUUUGGAAGGAAGGAGGAAGCAGCGUUUGCUAGUGACAGUAAUUGCUGUGAUACACGGCUCAUGCAGUCGAUUGAGGCAUUUUUUACAACUCUUCACACUCUUUAUCUCUGGGAGUAAACCUCCAGGCUCUGUAUAACUGAAUCAUCCUGUUUUUAAGUUCCCGUCAGUAUCGCAGCGAUCCGGCGACGGCCGUCUGAACGUCCGCGGCCACGCCGAGAACAGGAGCUGAUCGCAGCUGGUUCAGCAGCUUUUACUGGGACAGUUUGACUGAAUGGAAACAGACGUGCUCUUUAAAUGUUGUUUCCAUUGCCUGGGUUUGAAGACAAACUCAUACCAAAGGUUUUUAUUACCGAGCUACACUUUAAAUGACCAAUUAGAUUACUGCAUAAAGUAAUAAAGUACUGUGGAGAAGUAAGAAGGUUUACAAUUCCAAUCAUUGGAAAAAAAAAUCAAAAUCAGUAAAACGUCUCCCCCCGGUGAUUUGGAAUCAGCCUUCCCGGGACAUUGUAAAAGCUUUAUUUGUAAAGGACGGUUAACAAAGUGCUUCUCAGGAUAAAAUGAGACUGUAGUAAAAUGAAAACAAUAAAAAGUUACAGUGCACAUGGACAUAGAGACAGAAAACACAUGCAUGUUUUUUUUUCCUGCACCAGAGCGAUUUGUGCUUUUCACGUCUGCUGUUUACAAUCGGUGGCUAUUAAUGCAGCACGGUGCCGUCUGGUUUGUCCCAUCUUUCUAUUAACAUAAAUAUUCCCCAUUUCAUUGCUUCGCAUGACACAUUAAUUAGCACCUGACAAUGAAGCAUAAAGGUGUCAUGUACAGUGUUUUAUACUAACAUUAAUAUGUUAACUCUUUUUUUAUUAUUGCCCUGCAUGCUUCUAAAUUACCUCAAUAAGUUUUGUCAUUGUAAUCUUACAUUCUCAUAUUCUGUCCAGGGAACCUCUUGGUUAGCGCUGGCACAUUUACAGUAGGGUUUAUUAAUGUGCACUGUUCCUAUUAAAUAAACCAAU